AUGCCUCUCUUGUGGGGAAGAGAAAAGAUACAAACGGUGGAGAAGGAAGAGGAAGAGGAGGAGAAAUUCUUUCUGAACCAUCGAAGUGACCCGGAGGAAGAAUCGAUCACUGAUCAUAAUGCAGAGUACAAUCCCAUCCGCAUAUUCUCUGCCAAAGAGCUCGAAAGGGCGACCAAAAACUAUGACCGGCGUUAUCAAAUCUGUCGAACAGGUAGUCAUGAGUUGUAUCGAGGAACCCACGAAGGCCGUCCAGUUUUGGUCAAGAAAUUCCAUGCGGCAAUCCAUCGGGAAGCGAGUAUAAACGAAGUGACCAUACUAACCCAGUUGUAUCACGAGAACGUGUUGGAACUGAUCGGUUACAGCUCGAAGACCACCAAUUUCCCCAUCCACGUAUACGAAUUUGCCUGCUCCAUUGGAUUUCUCUCCGAUCAUAUUUACAUCGAUGACAACGAUCCUUCUACGCCUGGUAAUGAGCUACUGCCAUGGGAGACUAGGCUAAGGAUUGUCUCGAAGAUUGCUGAUGCGGUAACCUAUAUCCACACAGCAGCUGGUAGGCCUAUCAUCCACGCGAAUAUCAAACCUUCUAAUAUUCUCUUGGAUGAAAGAUAUUUUCCCAGUCUUUUCGGAUUCGAAUCAUCAAUAUGGAUUCCCUUGGGUGAAACAAGUGUCCUACUAACAACAGAAGAUGAUGCGACGAGACACACAACAACGGCGGUGAUGGGUGCUCCGGGAUACGUAGAUCCUGAACUUAUUUUAACUUCAAGGCUAACGGAGAAGAGCGAUGUGUAUAGCUUUGAGAACAAUAAUCUCGCUGUUAAGAUGAAGAAUGGAAAAAGGGUGAUCGAGAUAAGUUUACCGGAUGAUGAUGCGAUAUCCAACGAAGCAAUUCAUGAAUUGAUUUUGAUGUCCUGUCUCUUGAAAGAGGGGAACAGAAACCAAAUGUUGGCAUGUGCAGCUCUGUCCUUGAGAUGCACCAAACGGAAUCCAGAAGAAAGGCCAACGAUGGAGGAAGUAGCACAACAACUGGGGCAGAUCAGAAAAUUCUAA